CGGAAAAAUGAGAAUUAAAUUGAAGAUAAACGCGGAUACGCGAUGACGCGCUACGUCUUAGUCUGUAAUUUUUUAUCGUGAAAAAAAUUGGUAUAUUGAAUGGCGCGGUAUGCGGAUAUCACUUGAAUACGAAGAAUUCACUCGUUGGACUUGCUUCACGAGUGCAAAAAAUUUCACAAAGCUGACGAGGGAAAAGAAAAUGCAGCGUUUCGCAGCGUACAACGAAGGAAUCUACGUACGUAAUGGAGAACGGAGCCAGAGAAAAUCUCAGAAAAUCCCAAAGCCCGUAAUCGCGACCAAGUUUGCUCGCGUCGAAGUAAAAGCAGCGGGGUCCCGGUAAAUCGCACUUACGGCCCUGCCUUCGGCUGUCAAGCUGCGCCUGCUCAGCAGCGGCACGCAGCAGCUACAGUGUCUGCGGCGCCGAUCAGCUGAGCGCGUCUGUCACGGCGAGCCUGCACCGCCGUCCGCACAAGCCAAGCGACAAAGUCGGCGGAGUCGCAAUGACGACGACGAGCGAGUUGACUCAAGAGCACAGGGACUUCGCUGCCGUUCACCUGAACGAGAUUCCUGGCGAAAGGGAGAAGAAGAUCGAGGAGCUCAGGAGUUGGCUGAUCGGCCACGACGAGAUUCAUUCGAGGACUGACGAAUUCUUCAUCGUGCGCUUCCUGCGCGGCAGCAAGUUCGACGUGGAGCGCGCCAAGCAGAAGCUGCGGCUGUUCCACGAGCAGCGCAGCCUCCUGCCGGAAUGGUUUUCCAAUCGCGAUCCGCACCUGCCCGAAAUUCAGGAGCUUCUCGAGCUUGGAGUGCUUCUGCCGUUGAGGAAGGUGGACGAGGACGGCAGGCUGGUCGUGGUCAUUCGCGUCGCCGCUCACGAUCCCAGGAAGCACAAGCAGUCCGACGUGCUCAAGGCUGGCAUGAUGGUCUUGGACCUGGCAGCUCGCGAGCAUGUGCACUCGUCGAUUUACGGCAUCGUGGCGCUCCACGACAUGGCCGGUGUGCAGCUGGCGCACGCACUCCAGGUGACCCCCACGGUGGUGAAGCGUCUGGUCGGCGCCUGGCAGAGCUACCCGAAUCGCGUUCGCUCGCUGGAUUACGUCAACGCGCCCGCGCACGUGAACGUGGUGCUCAACAUCUUCCGGCAGUUCAUGACCAAGAAGCUCAAGGAUCGAAUACACGUGCACACGUCCGACGGCAAGUCGCUGCUGAAGAAAAUCACGCCGAGUAUUUUGCCUGCUGAACUCGGCGGCACGGAUAGCAAUUACGAGACGUUGAAAAAGUACUGGAAGCAGCAAGUUGAAGAAAACAAACAAUGGUUUGUUGAAGACGAAAAGUACAAAUUGAAGACUGCGGGAAUUUGACUGGAAAUGCAGAAUUUAGCACAAACUCGUAGACACCAAUCUCAUAGUCAAUGAGGCACGAAAAAAAGCGACAGAAGAAACGUCGUCAAUGUCGUUUCCCUUGUAAAUGCGAAUCGUCAACGGGAAGAUGCUAUUUGACGUUGAUGAAUAUUCAAAAGCGCAGCGUCUGUUACAAUGAUACUGUAAAUGAUUGUUUGUUUGUUUUUUCUAAUGUUUUUUUGCCAAACAAUAAAGGCUAUUUUUAUACGUUUUAUUAAGAAACAAUUGAGCAAUGAUUGGUUUUCGAGAAUAACAAUGUCAGAAGCUUGGAUUUUCAAGAUUGUUAUUAUUACAAGUUAAAUAAUAAAACAUACACUUAAGUCAUGGGCAAGUAGAUCGUCCUACAGCUAACCAUCUAACAUUUAAAAACAGUUUAUAAAAAAAAGAGAGAAAUAAGAUACAUCUAAAUUACAAUUUUCACCUUUGUCCCAGCGCAAGACGAUUGCACUGCAGGAGAAAAAAUUGAUUUUUUCUUUUCGUUCUAAAAACUCAUUUCUCCUUCGUUCAUUACGUCUCUGUCGCCGCGCGGCGUCGGCGAAACACGGAGGUACUUUUCGAUAACGAAAAGAACGAUAAUGAUCGAAUAAUCAAGGCAUCAGUGGGAUCACUUUUUGCGUUCGUUGUGUGCACCAUCAAAAGAUGUGCAACCGUAUUGUGCCUCUAUAUACACUUAACAACAGAUUUUCUUUUUUUCACGUACCAACUUGCGAGACGCAUAAAUUUGCUGCUCGUCGCGUAUCACCAGAUGAAUUUCACGAUGCGCAAAUCGAAUCUUUAUCAAGUACAAAGUGAUCUUUUCUUGCGUUUCUCUAAGUUUCGCCAAUAAAUUUUCCAUCUAGUUAUCGAGGUUGGCUCGCGCGCUGUUGUGAUUGAAUAUGUAUAAUGCACGUAUAAAAACUCGAUUGAUAUGUGCGCGGUCGGCUUCGCGAUGUAUUUCGUUCUUUUUUUUUUAAAAAAACAA